AUGGCACUUAAUAUUGACCCACCUGAAGUUACUUUUCCUGCUGCUGGCGGCAGUACAACUGUUCAUAUUCUCAAUCAAACAGAGGGCCGUCUGGGUUUUAAAGUAAAAUCGACGAACAAUGAUCAUUAUCGUGUUACACCAGUGUAUGGAUUUGUUUCAAAAGGUGAUAAAACUGAAUUAACAAUAAUGCGCCUGCAAGGACCACCAAAAGAAGAUAAAUUUGUGGUGCAAUGGGCUGAGGUACCGGAUGAAGAAGAUGAUCCUCAGGCACCAUUUAAAGCCGGAGCACAGGCUGGUGAAGUGAUCCUACCUGUGAAAGCUGAAUGA